GAAGCCAUAGACAAAGGAGUGUCGGUGUUUUGAAGGUGCGGUGACAAAUGAACAUGGUUGAGUUCGAAUCAGAACCUUAGACGGUUCGACACUGAUGGAGAAACACCCAGAGAUACACGAUGUGAAAGAUGAGCCACAGGAGUGGCACUGCACUCUGGACCAGGAGGGUCCAGAACCUCCACACAUUAAGGAGGAAGAGGAGGAGGAAGAAGUCACCAACCUCCCUUUCAAUAUUGUUGUGAAGACUGAAGAGGAGGAAGAGAAACCGUCACUUUCACAGCUUCAACAGAGAGAGGAGGAGCCUCAAACCAGCAGCUCAACUGAACACUUGAAAACAGAAGGAGACGACUGUGGAGGACCAGAACUGGGCAGUGACAGAGGACCUCCUGUAAAGUCUGAACAUCCGAGACCGCUCUCAUCUGAAUCUGAUACUGAUGACAGUGAGGACUGGAGGGAAAGCAGCGGUGCUCAGUCAGCUUCAAACUCUGUCAGUGAGAGGAAGGAUGAAGCUGAUGACGAUUCACUCACCUGCUCCUCUUGUGGAAAACGUUGUUCCUCCAAGAGAGGACUCGCUCUGCACAAGAACACCUGUAAAGGAGAGUCUUUGACCUGCUCAGUUUGUGGAAAAACCUUCACUCAGCGAGCACAUCUCAAAAUUCACAUGAGAAUUCACACCGGAGAAAAACCAUUCUCUUGCUCAGUGUGUGGCAAAGGUUUUAACCAGAAAGACUAUCUGACAAUUCACAUGAGGAGGCAUACAGGAGAGAAACCAUUCUGCUGCACAAAGUGUAACAGCCAUUUCAUAAAGAAAGAUAAUCUGAUGAAACAUAUGAGAAUUCACAUGGGUAUAAAGCCGUUUGACUGCUCUGAAUGUGGAAAGUGUUUCACUGAGAAAGGUGAUUUAGUGAUCCACAUGAGAAUUCAUACAGGAGAGAAACCGUUUAGCUGUUCUGAAUGUGGCAAACGUUUUAAUCAGCACGGCCGGCUGUCUAUUCACAUGAAGAUUCACACUGGAGAGAAACCAUAUAGCUGUUCGGAAUGUGGGAAAUGUUUUCACCAGAAUUCCCAUCUGAAGACUCAUAUGCGAAUCCACACAGGUGAGAAACCGUUCAGCUGCCCCCAGUGUGGCAACUCUUUCAACCAAAUGGAACAUUUGAAGGUGCAUAUGAGAGUUCACACUGGAGAGAAACCGUUCAGCUGCCCUCAAUGUGGCAACUGCUUUAAGCAAAGGGAACAUCUGAAAUCUCACAUGAGAGUACAUACCAGGGAGAAACCUUUCAGCUGCUCAAAAUGUGCAAAAUGUUUCUCAAAGAAAGUUUAUCUUGAGGCUCAUAUGAAGCAACAUACAGAAGAGCAGCUGUGAUUGAGUUUUUAACACCAUAAUCGGCAUGACCAGCCACUAAGUUAACGUCAUCAUAGGGACUGUGAGGCUCCCAGUAAACAAGAUUGGGUUUUACCUCAGUCAAUGGCCAAUCCAUGCAUGCAAGACAAGCAGCUCUUGGCUAGUGUGACUACCUGACACUUGCAGUCAUCAUUCUUGUCCAUUAGGUGUUUGGGAUAUUUCUUCAAAUGUACAUUUGUAUAUCUACAGAACCCUGCCGUUUGUCUCUCAGUUUAUAAGUCUGUCAUUAACUGCUCCAUAAUUUCCCCAGGGAACCUCUUAUAGGGAUGAAUAACCAACUGCCUGUCCGUCUACAUAACUGUAAAAGUUUCAGGUGUGUUUUUUUGGAAACGUGGGUAAUAGGACAAAGAAUGUGGAGUAUACAUUGAUGUCUUUCUUGGUUGCCAUCUAAUCCUGGAGACCCAGGACUGCCAUCUUGCCCAUUGGACUGCAAGUCCAAUGCCUUUGUUGCUUGGUUUCUUCUGCCACCUGGUGUCCUGUUGAGAUCAUUUGAACUGUCGGUGAGAUUUUUCAAAACAUAUCUGAUCAAGUAGAUAAAAUAACUAUCUUUGGGUGAAAGUCACAAAACAGAGAGGAAUGAGGUGCAGACGGGUCCUUUGUGUGUGAACUCUUGACAUGCAUUAUUUAUCCGCUCAUUUUCAUAUGAAUUUAUAGUUUGAUACGAAUUAAAGUGACUGUAAGAUGCAAUAAAUAUUC